AUGCUUCGUGUGGCCUACGUCCCAGAACAUUUUUCUACACCAUUGUUCUUUGCCCAGCAGCAAAACUACUAUGCUGAUGCUGGCAUCGACGUCAAGUUUAUUCCUGUCAUUGAAGGAACCGGUAGGUUGGUUCGUUUGCUUUCUGAUGGCGAAGUGGAUAUUGCCAUAGGUUUGACAGAAGGAUUUAUUGCUGAUGUGGCAAAGGGAAAUGACGCCUACAAGGUGGUGGGAACGUAUGUGGAAUCACCAUUGUGUUGGGCUGUGAGCACUGGAGCUUCCAGAACCGAAAUUACUUCGACAAAAGAUGUCCUUGGAAAAAAAAUUGGCGUUUCAAGAAUCGGAUCUGGGUCGUAUAUCAUGAGUUUUGUGUUGGGACUUGAGCACAAUGCUAGUAAACCGUUUUUCAGUGACUUCCCUGUGCUUUCCAACUUUGCAAACCUUCGCCAGUCUGUCAAUGAGGGUACUAGUGAUGCAUUUAUGUGGGAAUACUUCACCACCAAAAAGUACUACGACAACAAGGAGCUCAAACAAAUUGGUGAGAUUUACACUCCGUGGCCGCUGUGGGUGAUAACGGCUCGCCGGGACGUCGACAGCACUCAAUUGGGUCUGUUUGUGUCCAGUGUGGCUCGUGGAAUCGACUACUUUAACAACCACCACGACGAAGCCGUAACUUAUAUUGGAAGCAAUUUGGACUAUUCUGAGGAAGACGCCCGCAAAUGGCUCACCACGGUUCGGUUCAACAGCGGUUUGGGCUCUCAAAAGCUCGACUGGGACCGGGUGGUUACAAAGACAGCCCUGGUGCUCCAGACUGCUGGGGUGCUUACCGACAGCAGCGAGGAGAUAAAUCUGAGGUUGAGGAGUGGGGUCGAGGCGAACUAUGCCGCGAAGUGA